GAACCUCCACAUAUCUCUCAACCAUAUCAAAUAUCAAUCUAAUGGGGAAGAACACGAAGAAGAAGAAGAAGAUCAGAUCGGAUCUGAAGAACGGAGGGCUUCUACUAGCAGAGCUAAUCGCUUCCUUCGACGGCAAAACCAAUCCGAUCCGCUGCUUCUCCUCCGAUCAGAUCCUCAAAGCGACCAACAACUUCUCCGAAGCCCAAAUCAUCUCCAGCUGGGGAUACUUCACCUGGUACAAAGGCCUAAUCGAAGAAAGACCAGUCUCCAUCAAGAAAUGGUCCAACCAAAACCUCUCAAGCUUCACCGAAGCCUACCGCGACAUCUCCGUAUCCUCCCAGAUGAGCAAUCACAAGAACGCACUCAAGCUUCUCGGCUGCUGCUUGGAGUUCGAUCUCCCGUCUCUCGUCUGCGAGUUCACGGAACACGGUCCUCUCAACAGAGACGGAGGCCUCCUCUCGAGACCCUUGCCGUGGAGAGCGAGGGUGAAGAUCGCGAAGGAGAUCGCCAGCUCCGUGGCGUAUCUCCACACGGCGUUUCCGGAGACUAUAAUCCACCGGAAUAUAAACCCGACGAACAUCUUCGUCGACGAGGAUUGGACGGCGAAGCUUUCUGAUUUCUGGUUCUGUGUUGCGAUUCCCGAAGGGGAGCUGUAUGUGGAAGACGAUGUGAAGGGUGUGAUUGGGUUUGUUGAUCCGGAUUAUUACUGGACGAUGAAAGUUACGGAGAAGGUUGAUGUUUACAGCUUUGGAGUUGUGAUGUUGGUGUUGUUGUCUGGGAGAGCUGCUGUGUUUAACGGGCCAGGGGAGGCGCCUAUGUCGCUUAAUGAUCAUGUCUCUGAAGUGAUGGAGAGAGGUGGGUUUGAGGAGGUUGUUGAUAAAGAGGUGUGGAGUGUUUCGGAUGGUGAUGAUGAAUUGGUUGUGAGGAAGUUGCAGGUUGAAGCGUUUCUUAGGUUGGCGUUGAGGUGUGUAAGGUUUAAGAAAGAGGAUCCGGUGAGUGGUAUGAUUGAAGUUGCUAAAGAGCUCAAGUUGAUUGAGAAUCUCUCGUAAUUAGUCCUUAUUAGUUUUGCUGUCUGGAAGAGACGCUGUCAUUAACGGACCAGGGGAGAAUCUUAUGCAUAAUGCAUGUGUGUGAGGUAAUGGAGAAAGGUGGAUUUGAAGAGGUGAGAUUGAUAAGGAGAUUUGGAAUGUUUUGGAUGGUGUUGAAUCGGUUGUGAGAAAGUCACAGGCUGAAGCGUUUCUUGGUACAAGAAAGAGGAUCCAGUGAGUGGUAUGAUUGAAGUUGAUUGAGAAGCUCUCGUAAUUAGCCCUUAUUAGUUUAUAUGUUCUUGAAGAUUGUUAACCUCUUGGAAUCUAGAGAUGUGUCAAUGUGUUUUAAGUUUUUGUUGAUACUUGUCUUUGUCAAGAACAAAGAUGCCAUACUUGUUAUUACGUGGGCAACGGAAAGAUAGUAAAUUUUAAUCCAAUGUGAACA